UCAGCAGCCUGAAGAUCUCAACACCACCGCAUGUCUCUGCAACAACUGUCGAGUGAAGCCAAACCGCUUUUAGUUCCAAACUUUUACGCGUACUCGGGACAAAACAAAGCUUUUACCCAUCAUGUUAGUUUGCGCAGAGCACGCACACAAGAGCGCACCUCUUGGAGAAGAUGGAUUGUAAGAAAAAGUUCGGCUCGACUUCUGCUCCGCACUGAAUCACUCUCCGGGAUAGAGGAGGCGGUAAUGCCGUGCAAACUUUGAGUGUCUCAAAACUUUUUCUUAACUCGGUACAUGGAGUUUCGCGUCAAGUCCGGAGAGGCUUGUUUGCGCGUUUUGCGUUCGAUGGUGCUGUUAGCUCAGUCCUAGUUUACGGGAAUCAGACUCCAGGCAAAGUUUUCCUCGGACAAAAAGAGUGAGUGGAAGAGCCUCGGCUUCGCAGUGAAACAGACGGCAGCUAAGGUUGCAACAGAAACUGAAGCGCAGUAUGGAGACUUCCUGCCCAACAGCCACUGAGAAGAAGGAGUGUAAGGAUUCAGGUCUGGACGGCAGCAGCUUCUCAGAAAUCCCCAAGAAGCCUUUGCCCACCACUCUGACCAGAGGUGCCCACCACCUCUUCCCCACGUUUCACACGCCCAUCCCAAUCGACAUGAGACACCACGAGGGGCGAUACCAUUAUGAGCCACACCCACUCCACACCAUGCAUGGACCUCCAGGACUGACAGGCAGUCCAGUCAUAUCGGAUAUUUCCCUGAUCCGUCUAUCACCCCACACAGGGCACGGGACAGUUGAGUCACCGUUCAGCCCUCCACAUCCUUACGUGAGCCCCCACAUGGAGCAUUACCUACGCUCGGUACACAGCAGCCCAACCCUCUCCAUGAUCUCAGCGGCCCGAGGACUGAGCCCUGCUGAAGUGACCCACGAACAUCUGAAGGAACGCGCCCUAUUUAGUCUCCCCCCUCCACCACCAGGGGCCAACCCCACAGAGUACUACCACCUGAUGGCCAGUGCCAGCCAGCGAAGCCCCUAUGGUGACUUGCUGAUGCACACCAGUGCAGCAGCGGCAGCAGCAGCAGCAGCAGCUCAUCUACCAGAUUACAUCAGCCCCGUGGACGUAUCACGUUUUUCCAGCCCACGGCUAACACCCCGACUGAGCAGGAAGAGGGCGCUGUCUAUCUCCCCACUGUCAGAUGCCAGCAUUGACCUGCAGACCAUGAUCCGCACCUCGCCCAACUCCCUGGUGGCCUACAUCAACAAUUCCCGCUCCAGCUCGGCCGCCAGCAGCUCCUAUGGGCACCUUUCAGUCGGAGGGAUCAGCCCCUCGUUUAGCUUCCCUCAUCCCAUCAACCCUAUGGCGUACCAGCAGCUGCUGUCCCAGCAGAGGAGUCUCAACGCCUUUGGCCACACACCUCCUCUCAUUCAACCAUCGCUGUCCUCUUUCUCUGUUCGCCAACACCCCCUCCCUGCUUCACCUAUGUCCACCUCACACAACAGCUCCAACUCUGAGGCAAACCAGAAUGCCAGUGGAGACCCAGCAGUGAGUAGCACAGUCAACCCAUUGACCACCAAGAGGUCAAAGGUUAAGACGGAAGCAGAGGGCCCCCUGCCCAUCUCACCAUCCUCUCAGGACCAUUGUGGGGGGAUCUUGGACCUGAGUGAGGAUCUGGAUAAAGACGAGUGCAAACAAGAGCCUGAGGCCAUAUAUGAGACCAACUGCCACUGGGAGGGCUGCUCCAUGGAGUAUGACACCCAAGACCAACUAGUGCAUCACAUCAACAACGACCACAUCCACGGUGAGAAGAAGGAGUUUGUGUGUCGCUGGGACGAGUGUUCACGGGAACAGAAGCCUUUCAAGGCUCAGUACAUGCUGGUGGUCCACAUGAGGCGCCACACAGGGGAGAAGCCGCAUAAAUGCACAUUCGAGGGCUGCGCGAAAGCUUACUCUCGCCUGGAGAACCUCAAGACCCAUCUCAGGUCCCACACCGGGGAGAAGCCGUAUGUGUGUGAACAUGAAGGUUGCAACAAGGCCUUCUCCAACGCCUCAGACCGGGCCAAGCACCAGAACCGCACACACUCUAAUGAGAAACCAUAUGUGUGUAAGAUCCCGGGCUGUACCAAGCGUUACACGGACCCCAGCUCUCUCAGGAAGCAUGUUAAGACAGUCCAUGGACCUGAAGCCCACGUCACCAAGAAACAACGAAGUGACGCACCUCCGAGAAUGCAGCCACCCAAAGGCAAUGGGGAGAAUGAGGCGAAUUCCAAGCUCGGUGGAAGAGGCAUGGAUGGCAAGAUAGAGGCUAACAGUACCUCUAGAGGAGUGGAAGACUGCCUACAAGUCAAAUCUAUCAAGACUGAGAACUCUAUGACAUAUCAGUCCAGUCCUGGUGGCCACUCGUCAUGUAGCAGUGAGCCGUCGCCUCUCAGCAGCGCCAACAACAAUGACAGUGGAGUAGAGAUGGCCUUGCACAGCGGGGGCAGCUUCGGGGACCUCAGUGCACAGGAUGAUUGCCCCAUGGUUGACUCCACUGUUCCCGUUGGAGGACACCAGGCUGGGGUGGGGCUUCAGUUGAGGAAAGCUCUGGGUCAUGGUGGUGCAGUCACCAUCAAGCUUGAGAACAUCAAGAAGGAAAGGCUGAAGACUGUGAGGGACUCUUGUCCCUGGGUCAACUCUGCACCACAGCCACUGCAGGGCCAACACAACAGCAUGAAGCUGCCUCCCAUACCUGCAGUCGGUUCCAUGCUGGAGAGCUCCAACUUGAUCAGUAACUUAGGCGGUUCAUACCCUGGACAACGCAUGGGUGACCUGACUUCUUGUGAAGUAACACUGCUUAACCAGCUAAAUGAGCGCCGUGACAGCACCACCAGCACCAUCAGCUCUGCUUACACCAUGAGUCGGCGCUCCUCCGGUAUUUCACCCUGCUAUUCCAGCCGCCGCUCCAGUGAGGCGUCCCAGUUUAGUAACCGCCAUAACAAUUUCAGUUCAGCUGAUUCCUAUGACCCAAUCUCCACUGAUCUGUCUCGCCGCUCCAGUGAGGCUAGCCAGUGUGGUGGUGUCAGCGGAGGAGGUCUCCCAAGCCUCCUUAGUCUGACCCCAGCUCAGCAUUAUCGACUUAAGGCAAAGUAUGCUGCUGCCACUGGUGGAGCUCCACCUACUCCACUCCCCAAUAUGGAUAGAAUGAGCCUGAGGACCCGCAUGGCACUCUACAGUGACUCCCAGGAAGGCUUGUUGCACCCAUUUCAUCAGCCACCCUCUGGAACUGUGCCUCGGCGAUGCAGUGAUAUUGGAUAUGGCACACGGAGCAUGAUGCCCCAUGAAGUACCCCCCCACCUUCCACGUCGUGCCAGUGAUCCAGUGCGUCGUUCCACACUGGACCCUCUCUCCUUUCCAAGGGUUCAGCGCUAUAACAGCAUGAACAGCAUGAAUCCAAUGAAUGGUUUAUCAGCUGAACGCCACCAGGCAUUGGCAUUGCAGGGCUACACUCGCUCCGAUGGCAGCCUGCAACGCUACCCAUUUGCCCCCAGACCACCUAGCAUUUCUGAGAAUGUAGCUAUGGAGAACAUGGCAGUAGAUGGGAUGAAUAUUGGGGGGGGGCAGAGUGGGGAGGAUGACAUUGUGCUUCCAGAUGAUGUGGUGCAGUACCUUAGGUCCCAGAAUUCUGGCCCCCCAGGUCACAUUUCGGGGCAAGUGGACUACCAUUCCAACAAUCAGACUCAGGGCUACCAGACAGGCAUGGCCCCACCAGCAUCAUUUUAUGCACAGAGAAGGAUGGCCAUGGUUGAUGGCACCAUGACUCAGUCUGGCCAUCAAAUGGUUCCCGGUGGCUCCCAUCAGCACUUCUCAGCACCAUCGGGCAAUAUGAACAAGAAUAACAUGCCGGUGCAGUGGAACGAGGUGAGCUCAGGGACUGUGGAUACCACAACCAAGCUCUCCAAAGAACAGCAGCAUCCUCUAAGGGGGAACCAAGCUGUUGUUCAGCAGAGGCACACGUUUGGUUCCUUGCAGGGACAAGGUCAGGGCCUGGGCAGCAACCAACAGGUAGUGCCUAUGAGUCAGAAUAUGUCUAUGCAGGGGUAUGCGAACCACAACAGCCAGAGGCUGAUCAUCUCCCACCAGCAGCAUCAGCAACAGAGGCAAUGCAACAGUGGGAACUUUAAUGAGCAAAUGAGUCCUCAGCAAGGGUUUGGCCAAGAGGCAAUACCAAAUUCUAUAUCUGGGAGCACUAGUGUGAGACCUACCCGGAACAAUUUGGCAGAUCCAGAACUGCAAAGUUGCAGAGCAAGGACACAGGUUGAUGGGUAUUCUCAUGUGGACCAAGUAGAUCAGCAGCAAAACUACAGUGUUCUCUUCCAGCAGCAGCAGCAGCACAAUAUCCAUAUUGGAGGCAGAGGAAUGUUACAACCCAGGCCUCCAAUAGAGCCCAAGACUAUUGCCAGACAACAAACAGGGUCUAGCAUGAUGCAACCAAGCCGAAUACCCAGGUCAUCUGAUUUUAAUCCCAGUCGUGGUACUGACACCUCAGAGGCGAGCCCAAAGAGGCCCACUGGAUCAGCUGGCCACAACAGCAAUUCAGAAAAUCCAAACUCUGCUGUGCUCUACACAGAUCAGAUUCAUAUGUUGGAGCCAACGUCUGUCAGCUUUGAUGCCCCGAUGUCUCCCAGUGCCAGCCAGGCUCCUGCCAGCAACACCACUGCUGCAGCCAACAUUGCAUCACCAGGAGUCAACCACGUCUCAAGCAGUACAGUGGAUUCUUCCACUGGUGGAUCUGGUGGCACGGAGCAUGCCCAGAUCGACUUUGACACCAUGCUAGAUGAUGGGGACCACUCCAGCCUAAUGUCUGGCACACUGAGUCCUGGCCUUCUGCAGAGCCUCUCCCAGAAUUCCUCACGUCUCACCACCCCCCGCAACUCUGUCACCCUUGCGUCUGUACCGGCAGGGAUUGGCAACAUGGCCAUCGGUGACAUGAACUCUAUGCUCACAGCCUUGGCUGAAGAAAGCAAAUUCCUCAACAUGAUAAGCUGAGAGCAAUCAAACACCUCAUCAUCCAUCCAGUCUUAACCAUUUCUACAUCGGGAAUAUAUUGACUACACAAAGCACUGAUUGAACAAUGCAAAACUGGCUAUUUCGUAAAAGAAAAUCCUUCAUUGUCCAUAGUAAUAUGCUUAUCUUGUAAUAUUUGCUUCAGAUUAUAAUAUGUUACAUUAAAAAAGUAAUAGUAAGUAUACCUAGGGUUAAGGACAAUUUCUAUCAUUAUUUGUUAAAAAGCCAUACAUUUUACUUACAAAUAUAUGAUAGCCCAGGGUCAAAUUUGCCAUUCAGUAUUUGCUGGUGUAAUAGCCCUUUACAAAGUGGUGCACUGAAAGUAGUUCACAUGCAUGUAGUACCUUGCUGAGGACAUCAACGUUGAACUGAGUACGACAUGAAAACAGAGUUACCAGGAAAUGGACAUGAUAUGUAGAUAACAGAUAAUAUUUUCUCAUGAAGACUUUUAUGUGUAUAGUUUAUACUGUAUGGUACUUGCUUUAAAUUAUGCUAUAGACUUUUGAUGUUUAAAAUAGGGCUGCCAAAGGAACAGUAACAUAUGGACACCUACUAUUAAUUCACAAGGGAUAAUGAAUACCUUUCUAAUUACAUUUUUCUAAUGACAUCAGUCCCUUUGAGCUAAUCAUGUGGAUUGAAAAUGUCCUUACAAAGCUAAGCUACAAUUUGCUGUGACUUUUAAAACAUGUACAAUAAAUGUGUCUAAUAAGAGACUUGCAGUGGUUACAUGGAAAACACACUGUAAAAAAGGUAUAAAACAUAAUUUAAAAAGUGACCUUUUUGGUACCAGGUUUAAAACUAUUACAUGGCUUAGACUGACUACAUAGCAUUGUAUAUCAUUAUUGUACCGGCAAAUUAUCACAGAACUACAGUUUAUUGUAACAUGCAAGUGUUUAAAGCACUGAGUCAGGGCCCAUAAACAAAUCAUGCAUGUAGAAAUUGAUACAUACUUGCCUGUUCUGAAAAAAACAUUACCUGCUAUUGCAAUUUAUGUAUGCACUUAAUUCAACUAUCUUGCAGCAUAAUAAAUAAACAAAGAAGUGUCAUUAUAGGAACCUGUAUUGUGUACAACCUGACUGUAUUGCUGAGUUUCAAUUACACCUAGAUUUUGGAAUGAAUGAUUCUGAGCAAAUUUUGCUAACACGAAACAUUUUUUAUAACAUUUCAUGAAAUUGAGUAUGCAAUUCAUACCCUUCAAUUAGAAAUGUGUGAUUAAUUGCAGGUUAUAAAAUUAAGCAUCUGACAGCCCUAGUUUAAACAUGUGGGUGUACAACGUCAUGAUCUAUAGAUAUAAAGUGCUUUUUGAUCACGGCCUGAGCUCUUGGGGAUGGCACUGUAAAAUCUGAUUUCCUUCUUUGCCCUCUGGAUCACAGGCAUUAACUCUCCAUGGUCCCAUCUCACAAGGGUAAAUGAUUGAGAAGGACAAGGAUAUGGCUCUGUGUUAGUAUAUCAGGGCACAUGAACCCUUGUGUCUGAAGAGGAGCAUUCUCUAAAAGAAUAUACAAGUACCUCUGUGUGUUCUCAGUAGAGAUCCAAUCCUAAUUAACACAUUCAUACUUCACCCUUCACUGCACCACAUACUUCCCCUGGGCUCUGGAUGAACUGCUGAGAGCCCAGGAAGGGACACAGACUUUGAUAAUGAAAUCCUGUUUCGGACAGGAUUGGCAAACUAGCAAACCAGCAAAUUUCUCAGUUUUGUGUUGCUGAAUUUCUAAGUAGCCUUUAAAAUGUCUGUGUGUAUGCUACCAUUCACUUUUUCUAUGCUCCGUGUGUGUGGGUUUGUGUGAGUGUGUGUGUAUGUAUAUAGCUUUUGUACAUUUAAAAUAAACUAUCCCCUUUUUUUCUGUUUGAA